AUGGCGGCAAACUCGCACUUCGCGGCGCCAUCGCUGAGCAUGGCCGUAUCUGUUCGAGUGGAAGUUUUCGACUCCAGAGAGUCGGCGUCCAAGAGGAGUGCCAAACCCAUGGCCAAGUUCCGCAUGCGUACCCCGGCAUCGACAACCUUCGAGACCUUGGGCGCAUCUGUUGCAGAACGAUACUUGAAGGAGUCUGCCGGCACCAUCAAGACCCUACCCCGGGUCGUCUGUAUUGUCGACAAGGAGGACUGCACAUUCGAUGUGGAUGACAACAUAGACGCCAUAAUACCCAAUGAAGCGAUUAGGAUUGUCCUGGACCGUACGCCCCAGCAGCAGCAGCAUCAGCAUCAGCAUCAUGAAUCUCCACCUACGCAAGUCUCUGCACCUCAGCCUGUUUCGGGUCCUCGUAUUGCCAGCAGGGCAGCACCGACUUCGCCCACCCGUCAACUGGGACAUGCUGCAAGCUCAGAUGUGACCACGGAGGCUUCUGCACAGUUUCAGAUUCAUCCACCGUUGUCCGCUGGCCGGAAGCCUGCUCUUUUGAGCCAGAGGCAGGGAAUUCUGUCGAACGCAGGAACGAAAGCUCAGGUCGCUCCCACCAAAGCAAAGCCUUCCACUGCGUCUUUAGUCAUCACGCCAAACGCUCGCUCUACAGUUCCCAUCACGAGUUCUGGCUGUCAGCACAAAGAUACACGUGAUGCGCAAGCACAAAGCGUCACCUCAGCAUCCAGGAAGCGGGAUCCAUACGACAUCGACUCGGACAGCGAUGCCAACGACCCGCCUUCUCAUGGGACAUCCUGGGUGAGUACUCGAAAGCAGGGCGGUGCCAUGGUGGCAGGCGGACGAGGCAGAACCCCGUCAUCCUAUCGCCGGCCCGACAAAGUGGUGAACGCGCCUGACAGCGCGGAAAGAGCCGCUACAUUGGCGAGUGUUUCGGCUUCCCAUACAUCGCAACCUCUACUUCCGAGCGCUGUUUUUAGGCCGUCUGAGAACUACAACGACUCGCCGAGAGGCCCUGUGGCAAACCAGGUCUCGAACGCUUUGUCACAAGCACAGCUUCAAAAUGAUGGAGAAGGGCCGCGAUCUACGACCAUUUGCCACACUGAUCAACCGACAGGACCUCAUACCGAAUCGACCGCCUCGGGCAUGCGGCUCCGUAGCAGCGUGAUCCUGCAGCAUGCCGAAGUUGCUUCUGUUGCAGAUUCGAUGUCGGACGGCGAAAACUCGCUCGUCGAACGCACACGGGCCACGGCAGAACCUUCACUGCGGUCGCUGCAGAAGCGGGCUUACCACACAGUCAAUGAACAUAUCGAAAUUGUCGACGGCCCUGACAAUCCGGACAGGCAGACACUGCCCACGCCGAUCCUUCUCAAGAACUCCAAGGGUGUCUUUCCCGUCUAUAGGAAAGGCGAAGCGCCAUCUCUUGCUUCUGAGGGUGCCUCUGGCACAGAAACGAGGAGCAGUAAUGUCAUGAACGCCACCAAGCAUGUGUUGACGCAGAGCUCCCCAGGGAUGCCAACGCGCUCAAACUCUGCGAGCCACCGUGCCACAGCUACAGGCGAAGCUCCAAAAGUCACAAAGCCACUCAGCACCAUUCCCGUCAUAGACAUCGAGACCGAGUUUGCAGGUUUCGAAGAACUGUCCGACUUUGAGAUCCGGCCGACCGCCCGCCCAAUCAUGUCUGAGCCACAUCAUCGGACGAGGACACCCUCACGCUCCAGCAUGAAGCAACCACGGACCGUUGCAAACACGCACGAAUUUCAGUCGUCCAACCAUCCAAGAUCGUCACCUCUCGAGAGCAAGCAAAGAAGAUUAUCACUGUCUCGAAGGACCAAACAGGCUCCAAGUCCUCGACGAACGGCGCUCUCUCCUCCCAAACGUGGCACUAAUAACAGAGCAAGCCGCGAGCACUUCGGAGAUGCUGCCAAAAAGGCCACUCCAAAAACCAUUACUAAACCGGCGGCGUCAAAGCCUGUCAAUCCUCCAAGUUCGGCAAGCAGCGGCAUCAGCGGCGAUACGAUCCGGCGGUGGCUCGCUUCCAGGAAGCCAAAAAGUCCAGUGGUCCCUCCGGCAAAGGAGCCUCCGUCGACUGUGAGGCCAGUCAUGGCGCAAGCAGCCGUUCGACAGCUGAAGUCCAUGGCGGAG